AUGAAGCCCAACUUCACCCUGCGCCUGAGGGUCUUUAACCUCAAUUGCUGGGGCAUUCCCUACUGGAGCAAGAACCGCGUGGACCGCCUGAACCGCCUGGGAGACUUUCUGAACGUUGAGAGCUUUGACCUGGCUCUCUUAGAGGAGGUGUGGAGUGAAAACGACUUUGAGUCGUUGAGACAGAAGCUGUUGCCCACCUACCCAGCUGCACAUUACUUCAGGAGUGGAAUAAUUGGCAGUGGCCUCUGUGUCUUCUCCAAACACCCAAUCCAAGAACUCACCCAGCAUGUCUACACACUCAAUGGUUAUCCCUACAUGAUCCAUCACGGUGACUGGUUCUGUGGGAAAGCUGUGGGGCUGCUGGUGCUCCAUCUAAGCGGACUUGUGUUGAAUGCCUAUGUGACCCAUCUCCAUGCAGAGUAUAAUCGACAGAAGGACAUUUACCUAGCACACCGUGUGGCCCAAGCUUGGGAACUUGCACAGUUCAUCCAUCACACAUCGAAGAGGGCAGAUGCAAUUCUGUUGUGUGGGGACCUCAACCUGCACCCAAAAGACCUGGGCUGCCGCUUGCUGAAAGAGUUGACAGGCCUACAGGAUGCCUACCUCGAGACUCAGGACUUCCAGGGCUGUGAGGAAGGCUGUACAAUGGUGCCCCAGAACUGUUAUGUAAACCAGCAGGAGCUGGCUCCGUUUCCCUAUGGCAUCCGCAUUGAUUACGUGCUUUACAAGGCAGUUUCUGGGGUCCACAUCUCCUGUAAGACACUCAAGACCACUAAAGGCGACGACCCUCAGAGAGGCACUCCGUUUUCUGAUCAUGAAGCUCUAAUGGCAACUCUGUGUGUGAGGCACAGCCCCCCGCUGGAGAGCCCUAUCGUUACCCAUGAAUCAUCAGAGGUGUCACCACUGAUCACUGUGUUAAAGGAGGCCCGGACAGAGGUAGUCCUGGGCACGAUUCGAGCUUGCUGUCGCGCUUCCUUCUCCAGCUACAUGGUUGGCCUGGGGCUGCUUCUCUUUGUGUUGCUGUGUGCACUGGUGGCUGGAGGAAAAGCUCAGGAAGGUACCUUUCUGCUCUUGAGCUCCACUGUGGGAGUGGUGCUCGGGGCAGGUGCAUUCUACCUUUUCCAUACUCAAGAGUUAAAAGGCUUACAGAAAGCACAUACUGAGCUCCAACACAUGCUGGGAAGGGCCAAGGAAGCACAGGAACUGGGUUCAGUGCCUCAGCCAGCACAUCUUCUGGGCCAGGAGGAGGAGGACAGACAGAGCUGA